AUUUGCCGUGUGGACGGCACCUUCAAUGCCUGCUUUCAAACCAACGGAAAGCUGAGAAGUGCCAGCUGCUGCAGCCGCAGCGGGGCCAGCAACAGCGAGGACACAUUUGGCAAUGUAGCGUCGUUCAAUGUUACCAAUACCUAUGGGGCGUACACCGGGAAAUUUAUCGAGAGCCAUGCCGCGAUUGGCAUUGAGAGCUCGGAUGGCGGCCCAAGGAACCAAGUUGUUGGCUUGCCAUUGAGCAAAGAGACCAAACGCAGCUCGAAGUUGGGUACUAGCUCGGCGAUAGCGAAGGAGCCAAUUUUUGAGAGUUGGACCAUCGGUGCCGCCGUAUUACUGUAAUUUGCAAGAGUUACUGUAUCCUUGAUUUAUCGAUGAGCGGCAAACUGGAAGAGCACAAUGCUCGACGAUCAACAGGAGAGGGCGAUGGAGGUUGAAGUCGGCGCUGAUGAUGAUGUAUCGGCAGUAACCGAUGCGGAAGUCUACAGUUCCUCGGCUUUUUCGACGACGGAAAAGUCGGGUGAGUUUUCAUCCACAAAAGAAAGCAUCAUCACCUCUCGGACGUCUUUGAAAGCUACUGCAAGUGCUCGCUUACAAGGUCUGAGUCGAUUGCAUUUCUCCAAGAUAUCCAACAAAUUGUAUGGCAGGGACAGUGAAACCAAGCUGCUACAGGAGUUACUCACCAAAGUCAAAGACGAGGAGGCUGGCAGCAAGCAGUUCGUCUUGAUCUCGGGAGAGGCAGGAGCUGGAAAGUCUGUGUUGGCAGAGUCGUUACGAUCAUCCGUGCCAAAUGCAGGAGGGUUUUACAUGACAGGAAAGUUCGACUUGCAGCAGCAAAAUGAACCUUAUUCCGCCAUAUCCAUGGCUUGUGUAGAGCUCAUACAUGAAAUCAUGUUCACUUCUUCGACUGCUGAAACCAAAAACCGGGACAACCAGGAUGGUGCUACUCCUUCUGAGAUUCUACGAGACAAACUCAACGCAAUACUCGAUUCAAACCAAAUCGACGUGCUGGCCAACAUCAUACCAAACUUGGUCACAGUUACCGGAGGAGACUAUUUGGCAGGAGUUGCUUCAGCUGGUGCAAACGAGGAGGACGAUCAGGAGCAGCAGGACGAGCAGAAACAGCAAGACGAGGAUGAACAAGAGCAAACACCUCCCACACAAUCAUCCAGUGGCAAUCACUACACAGAAGCCAAACAGGUGUUACACUAUGCCUUUCAACAAUUCAUCCGUGUCAUUUGCUCCUUGGGACCAAUCAUUCUAGUUUUGGACGACCUUCAAUGGUCUGAUACCUCAUCCCUCGAACUCAUGCAGCAGUUGCUGGUUGACAGAGAGCUUUCGUCCAAUUUGAUGAUUGUUGGGAGCUAUCGCUCCAACGAGGUGGAAGAGACCCACGUUCUCAAGACAACCCUACGAGAGCUCCAAUCAAUACUUGUAGAGGACGAAGAGAAAAGUGACCGUGGCAGUAUCAACCUUGAGAUUUCAGAGAUUCCGCUGGGAAAUCUCAAUGUAGAUCAGGUCAAUGAGCUGCUCUGUGAUUUGAUGUUGUCAGACAGCAAGAUUUGUCAGCCUCUGGCAGAGGUUGUCACGAACAAAACCAAGGGGGUGCCGUUCUAUGUCAUUUUCUUUUUGCAAAUGCUGCAGUCGGAGCAGCUACUAAGCUAUAGUAUUGCCAAGCUGGAAUGGACUUGGGAUGUCACUGAGAUUCAAGGGAGGUUAUCAGUGACAGACAACGUUGCGGAUUUAAUGACACGAAGAAUGAAGCAAUUGCCAGAGGGGGUCUGUCGGUUGAUGCCGUUGGUGGCAAGCCUGGGGGCAUCGUUCCAACGACCCAUGUUGCACAUGGUUGUGAUGCACUUCAGCAAGAAAAUGGAUAUCUGCUCUCUAGAUGAGUUCCUGCAGGUCUGCGAAGCCGAGGGACUUAUUUUCGCUACCGGCAUCCAGCAGGAACUGAUCAAAUGGGAGCAUGACAAGCUUCAGGAGGCUGCUCUCGGAAUGGCAGAUCCCGCUGAGCUGGCGCUGUUAAGGUUCCAGCUUGGUGAGCUCUUGCUGGCGGAAUUGAGCGAAGGUGACCUGGAAAGAAACAUAUUCCUGGUUGUCCAAUUGUUCGAUGCUGAAAAGGGUCAAGGCGAGACAAACAAAGAACGCAAUGUCAAGCUAGGCGAACUGCAAUUGAAGGCGGGAGCCAGAGCAAUGAAGGCUGCGGCAGCAGCAACCGCGGCAUCGCAUCUGGGCCGUGGUAUCGGACUGCGUCCAGAUGGCCAUUGGGAAUCCCAUCCAUCAUUGUCACUGAAGCUCUUCACGUUGGCCGUGCAAGCCCUUUGCUGUGUUGGGCAAUUCGAUGAGAUGAACGUUUACUGCAGACAAGUAAUAGAAAGGAAUGAAAUUCCUCUCAUGUCGAAGAAGGGUGUCUACACAUCCCUUCUCUAUUCGCUUGCUGCGCAAGGACGUGCGCAAGACUGCCUUGACGAGAGCCUCGGUGUGCUAGCCAAACUGGACUGCAACUUCCCAAAGUUCUUAAGAUCGCAGCACAUACUUGGCAGCGUCGUCUGGGCAGGCAUGACGGCCAAGAAACAGCUAGUCAAGGUCAAAAGGCUUCCGUUGAUGACUGACGAGCGCCGAAUAUGGUCAAUGCAGCUCUUGUCCACCGUGCAACAGGUUGGAAAUCAGUGUCAUUCGAACUUGCACGAACUUGCGCUUUUGAAGGCAAUCAAGUACACUUUGAACUACGGGAUUGCAGACUACAGUCCACCCGCAUUGGCGGGGAUUGGUAUGAUAGUUGCUGCGGUGUUCACUGAAUUUGAAACGGCCCGUCUGUACGGCGAUUUCGCGCUGGAACUGUUCAAAACGAAACAUAUCAGCCGCGAGUCUUAUCCCAGAGUGACCUUCUACACGUCCUACUUUGUGUUGAUACACUCAGUCGAUGCCAGUGCUUGCCGAAAGAUUGCUCUCGAUGGAUACCAAGUUGGAAUGAAGCGUGGGCAGUCCUGGGAUGCUGUCUUCAAUCUACUCUCAUACCUCGACCUUGGCUUCUACCUGUCACAGAACCUCCAACCACUGGCAGACGAUUGUCGAGCCUACAGCCAGCAAAUGAAAGACUUGAAGAUCGACAAAAUAGACAGAUAUCUUACCUGCUUGUGGCAGCUUGUCUUGAACAUCGCUGGAAGGUCAGAUGAUCCCGCCGUCCUGCAUGGGGAUGCCCUGGAUCAUGAUGACUACAUGAAUUGGGCUGAUGAGACAGAUUCUGAGCAGGCGAGAUUCUACUACGACCGUUACCAGAUUGCAGCGUUCUUUUGGGCUGGAAAUUACAAGAAAGUUCUGGAAAUGGUGGAGAAGACCGGAGCUCACAAAGGGUUCUACGCCAAGAUUAACGGAGGUUGGUUUUGCAUGUACCCGCUGUAUUUCCAAUGCGCUCUGUCUCUUCUGCUGGUCUAUCGCGAAACAAAAAAGAGAGUCCACAAGAAGAUGGCCAUGUUCUUUGCCGAUCAGAUGAAUUUAUGGGCGAAGAAGGGAAAUCCCAAUAUCCAGCAUUAUGUUCUACUUAUCAAUGCAGCAGCAGCUGAUGUAGAAGGCAAGAACGAUGCGGCUGAAUUCGGUUUCAAGGACGCUAUCGUCUCGGCAGGUCGUCGGGGCCUAGCCAAUGAUCAAGCGCUUGCAAACGAACUGCUUGCCGAAUUCUAUCUCCGUCAGAGUUCUCCAAGUGACGCCGAUUACCACUUUGGACAAGCUUUCAAGCUCUACAACCGAUGGGGUGCCCAUUCAAAGUGUGCUCUCCUGGAAGAGAGGCACAUGACGAUGCCAGGUUCAUCCCGACCAAUGGACAUUGAUGCCCCUCAAAUCCCCAUUUCCAUCGAUGGCAACACGGGGUAAACCUUCAAGGAUGUGCAGAUGUGACAGCAAGCAGUGUCAGGGGCGUUGCAUCUGGCCCCAGCUUGCAUCGAAGGGCUGGACACGAGCGCCAACAAACUAUACCUGGUAAUAGUUUGCUGUGCAUCUGACAUAUAUUAUUAAGCUCAAUUAUUAUCUACAGUAGAAAGGUGGCUUGUCAGGCGCUAGUCUGAAGCUCUUUCUCGAUUCAAAUAAAAUACGGCACAUGAUUACUCCCUC